UUCCUCUGCUUCUCUUUCCUCUAGACACCCCUGUAUUCAAUCACCAUUAAACACACCCUUUUCUACAACAUGCAGCGAUCCGCAAGCUGUAGCGGCACCCGCAGCCUGGCGAGCAUGCUCUUGGCGGUUCUCUACCUUAGCACAUUGCUCUUCGCGACACUGGCGAUGGCGGGCAAGGACUACUACAAAAUCCUGGGCGUAUCGCGCGACGCGUCCCAGUCCGAAAUCAAGCGGCAGUACAAGACACUGUCGCGGAAGCACCAUCCGGACAAGAACCCGGGCGACGAGGCGGCGCACGAGCGGUUCAUCGAGCUGGCGCAAGCAUACGAGGUACUGAGCGACUCGGAGAAGCGCGAAAUCUACAACCGGUACGGCGAGGAGGGACUGAAGAACCAGGGGGCGGGCAAUGGCGGGUUCCACGACCCGUUUGAUAUUUUCGCGCAGUUCUUUGGCGGCCAUGUCAAAUUCGACCGACGCGGCGGGGGCGGCAGGGCGAAGCCGCGCGGGCCGGACGUGCACAUCCAUGUGCCGGUGACGCUGCUGGAGCUGUAUGCGGGGGCGGAAAUCGACGUGGAUAUUUCAAAGCAGGCAAUCUGCCCUCACUGCGACGGGUCAGGAGCGGCGUCGCCGGACGAUAUCGACACGUGCAGCACAUGCGGCGGCAGCGGCGUGCGGAUUAUUAAGCAGAUGCUGGGUCCUGGGAUUGUGCAGCAGAUGCAGACGACGUGCGAUGAAUGCCACGGCAAGGGGAGGAAGGUGACCAAGGAGUGCCCGCACUGCAAGGGGACCAGGGUGACGCGCGCCAGCGACCAGCUGACGAUUCGCGUGGAGCCAGGCAUGGCUGACGGCGAGCUCGUGGCGUUCGAGGAGGAGGCAGACCAGCAUCCAGACCAUGAACCGGGAUCGGUCGUGUUCCAUCUGCAGCAGGAGCCGCACAAGGUGUACGAGCGGCGCGGCGACGACUUGUAUGCAGAGGAGACGAUCACACUGGCGGACGCGCUGGUAGGGUUCGACCGCACGCUGCUGCAUGUGGACAACAAGUCCAAGGUCGAAAUCGCCAGGAAAGCGGUGACGCCGCCUGGAUACGUGCAGCGGCUAGCCGGCAAGGGAAUGCCGAGGCGCGGGGCAGGCGCAAGCAAAUUCGGCGACCUGUUUGUCACAUACUGGAUCCAGUUCCCGAAGGAGCUGGAUGCGGCCAGCAAGGACGAGGUGCGGCGGCUCUUUGGUCACGAGUCGAAGGCCAAGUGGGAGCCCAAGAAGGACGGCCAGCGCCAGGCACGGCAGACACACGAUGAGCUCUGAGGGAAGGUUAAUAAAUAGUAGUUGCUAGCGAGGUGAGGAAGCUAAAAGCAAAAAAGCUAGUCGGUCUUGACAGAGCAGAUCAGAUCGCCAGCGCUCAGGGCGUCGUUGAUGGCAAUGUCGAGGUUCUCGAUGACACCGUCUGCCGGGGCACCGACAACAGUCUCCAUCUUCAUGGCGCUGAGCACACACACGGGCUGG